AUGGCGACAACUCAGUUCGACCUUGGUAACGAAACGACAGGGGUGGUCGUUGAUGAAACUUCCUUCGCCCUUCACGGCAACAACUCGUCUUACCGCUUCCACGUCGACGCCUCCUCCGGCGACCUCAUCUCGGACCAUUUCGGCGGCCCAGCCACAGAAAACGUCGCGCUGAGCAACAUUGCCGCCCAUGGCUGGGUCGAGAUGCCGUGCCGGAUCUGGCGCGAAUUCCCCGACCAGGGCCGCGGCGACUUCCGUAUCCCCGCCGUACGCAUUCGCCAGUCCGCAGGCCAUACCGUGAGCGAGUUGCGCUACACGUCUCACCAGGUCAUCCCGGGCAAGCCGUCCCUGCCUGGUCUGCCGGCUACUUUUGGGAGCGAGGAGGACGUGUCUACGCUCGUCGUCAGGAUGGAGGACGAGAGAGCGCGCGUGGUCGUGGAGCUGUCCUAUUCCAUAUUCCCGGCACAUGAUGCCGUGGUGAGGAGCGCCAAGGUGACGAAUAACGGCAAUGGGGAGAUUACGAUUGAGAAUCUGGCGAGCUUCAGCGUUGAUCUGCCCUCUCAAGAACUAGAAAUGAUUAAUCUCAGGGGAGACUGGUCUCGCGAAGCCUUUGCCGAGCGACGAAAGAUUCACUACGGCACACAAGGAUUUGGCAGCGCAGUCGGCUACUCAUCCCACCUCCACAACCCCUUCCUCGCCAUCGUCACCCCCACCACGACCGAAUCCCAAGGCGAAGCCUGGGGCUUCUCCCUCGUGUACACGGGCUCCUUCGCCGCCAACGUCGAAAAGGGAUCGCAGGGCUUCACCCGCGCCGUCCUCGGCUUCCACCCCAACCACCUCUCCUGGCCCCUCGCGCCCGGCGAGAGCCUCGUCACGCCCGAAUGCGUCGCCGUCUACUCCACCACGGGGCUGGGCGGCAUGUCGCGCCGCUUUCACCGCUUGUUCCGCGACCACCUCGUGCGCCGCGAGUGGGCGGACCGGCCGCGCCCCGCACUACUUAAUAGCUGGGAGGGCCUCAGCUUCGAUGUGAACGAGGACAAUAUCUACGCCCUCGCUACGGAUGCGGCGGAUCUCGGCGUGAAGCUCUUUGUGCUCGACGACGGCUGGUUCGGCGUCAAGCAUCCUCGCCUCGCCGAGACGGCGGCGCUGGGGAUUGGGAGGCGAAUCCGACUCGCUCAAUGUGGCGGGCAGCGACACGGGGAGAAGCUCAAGUUUGGCCUCUGGUUCGAACCCGAGAUGGUCAACGUUCGCUCCUCGCUCUACGAGGCGCAUCCGGAGUGGGUGCUACACGCGGCAGAUUAUCCGCGCACCGAGGGGAGGAACCAGCUCGUGCUCAACCUAUCACUACCCGAGGUGCAGGACUUCCUCAUCGCCUCCAUCUCCAAGAUCCUCGGCGCUUCGGCCAUCUCCUACGUCAAGUGGGACAACAACCGCGGCAUGCACGAGAUGGCCCACCCCAGCGUCGCCCAUCGCUACAUCCUAGGUGCCUACCGCGUCUUUGACGUCCUCACCAAGCGUUUUCCCCACGUGCUCUGGGAAGGGUGCGCGUCUGGCGGCGGCCGCUUCGACCCGGGUAUCCUGCACUACUUUGACCAGGUGUGGACCUCGGACAACACUGACGCCCUCGAGCGCGUGCGCAUCCAGUUCAACACGUCCCUCGUGUACCCAGCCUCCGUCAUGGGCGCCCACAUCUCCGCCGUGCCCAAUUGGUCCACGGGGCGCUCGACCUCGAUCGAAUUCCGCGCCCACGUCGCCAUGAUGGGCGGCUCGUUCGGCCUGGAGCUGACGCCCGCCGAGAUGCCCGCCGAGGAAAAGGUCAAGGUGCCGCAGCUCAUUGCGCUCUCGGAACGGGUCAACCCUGUCGUCAUUGGUGGUGAUCUUUGGCGGCUCAGCAACCCGGAGGAGUCCAACUGGCCCGCCGCGCUCUUUAUUUCAAGGGCUGGGCAUCAAGCGGUGCUGUUCUGCUUCCAGCUUCGGGCUCAUCUCUACCACGCGUUUCCUUUUGUAAAAUUGCAGGGCUUGGAUCCGCGGGCGAGGUACAGGGUGACGUGCAAUGGCGAAGAGGCCGUCUACUCGGGCGCGACUUUGAUGAACGUGGGAUUGCAGUACAUCUUUUACGGUGAUUACCAGAGCAGAGUCGUCUUUUUGGAUAGGCUUUGA